GUUGCCAUGCGUGUCUCCUCUCUUUUCUAAAGAAACAACUUCAGCGCGAGCUCCCGAGUGUGACUUCUGACACGCUCCGGGUACGAGCAGCAGCAUGGAAAAUACACCCCCAAAACAAACUCCACUCUUAGAAGACAGUAAAUAACUUCUGGGCGAUCAGUCAUGGAUGGCUCUACGAAUAGCCUAGAUGACGUGUCCGGGAGCAGCGCUGAGUACCCAGACCGUGUGUCCAUGAUGGAGGGGCGUCUGCAGGCACAGGAAGAUGAGAUCAUGCUCCUGAAGUCAUCACUGGCCGACGCGCUACGCAGGCUCCGCCUCCACGACCAGUUGAUCCCCCUGCUUAAACAGCAGAUCAUCGCAGUAAACCCUGCAGCCUCCCGUGUCCUGAACCAGGUUUACUGCUCUGACGGUUUCUCCAGUUCCCGUAAACUGUCCUCCAGCUCAGCCCUGGACAGCCCCCGCCACCCUGCCACCAGCCAAGUACUAAACAGCACUGAAGGUGAGAAUGGCUCUAAUGGGGACUCUACAUCCCCGGGCCUCAUACAUAAGACCCCAACGUAUGAUCGGGCUACCCAGACAGACCUCACUCCUCUGGUGCAGGACCAGGAGCUAGACGGGGUCCCCCUGGCUCUCACCAGGCCCGUCCAGAGCCUCUCCCUGGAGGAUGCCCUCCCUGAGGGGAUGUCUCUGAUGGAGGAGGCUCGGGCCAAGUUCCACCACAUCCAGGGACUAGAACUGGAGGAGAAGGAUGAGGAAGGGGAGGAGAAGGACCUGAGUUGGGCGUCUUCCGUAGAGGAGGCCAUCCACCCCACCGCCAUCAGGAACCUCCAAAGAGAUGACCACCAGGACCCAAAUGGCUCCACGGAGAGCUUGAGCUCAGCCUCCCAGACCCCAAUCUCAGGGUCCCCAGCCACCCCUAAGGACCUGUCCGCCAGCCCCCGGAGCGGACCUCUCUCCAUCAUCCUGGAGGGCAAGAAGAAACCCCUAAGUCCGUUAGCUCAACCCUGCCACACCAUGGAAACUAAGAGAGCUCGCAGGAACAGUGAGAAACUGGUGAAGGACCCCCAGGAGAAGACAAAGAAGCUGCUGGACAAAAAGGCGGCAUCCUCGGCCAACCUACUCAACAGAUCCCCCAGUCUGGAGAGCCGGACCAAGGAUCUUAUCGCCAGAGCAGGAUCUCCCGGGUCCAGACGAGGAACCCAAGGUCAAUCAAUCAAGAUGUUCAUCCGUGGUCGACCAAUCACCAUGUAUGUCCCCUCCAACAUCCAGAACUACGAGGACCUGAGGAUGGAGCCACCUGUAGAGACACUGGAACUCGAUUGGGUUUACGGUUACCGAGGACGGGACUGCCGGGCCAACCUGUACCUGCUGUCGUCAGGUGAGGCGGUGUACUUCAUCGCCUGUGUGGUGGUGUUGUACCACAUCAACAACCGCACACAGCGCCACUACCGCAAACACACCGACUGUGUCCGCUGUCUGACCAUCCACCCAGACAAGGUACGGAUGGCAUCAGGACAGACUGCGGGGGUGGACAAGGAUGGAAAGCCCCUGCAGCCUUAUGUCCAUAUCUGGGAUUCCUCCACGCUGAUCACCCUACAACAGAUAGGACUGGGCACCUUUGAGAGAGGUGUAGGGUCUGUGGCUUUCUCCUUUGCAGAUGCUGGAGCCUUCCUCUGUGUGAUUGAUGACUCCAAUGAACACAUGCUGUCUGUGUGGGACUGUGCCAAAGGAACCAAGCACACAGAGGUUAAGAGCACCAACGAGGCAGUGUUUACAGUAGAGUUCAACCCCAGCGACAGCACCAACAUCAUCACUUGUGGAAAAUCUCACAUCUAUUUCUGGACCCUGAGCGCAGGCUCACUCACCAAGAAACAGGGCAUCUUCGGGAAAUACAAGAAACCCAAGUUCAUCCAGUGCUUUGUGUUCAGCCUGACGGGAGACGUGCUGACUGGGGACUCGGAGGGGAACAUCCUGACAUGGGGCAAAUCACCCGGCGACGUCAAGACACUGGGGAAAGGAGCAAAAGAGACGUUCCAGAUCAUGCGUCAGACACGGGCCCAUGACGGCAGUGUGUUUACACUGUGUAUGCUGCAGGGGGGCGCUCUCCUCAGCGGCGGGGGCAAAGACCGUAAGAUCAUCCGCUGGAGCGCAGACCUGGCGCCCGAGCGAGAGUGUGAGAUUCCAGAAAAGUUUGGUGCGGUCCGUUGCAUCACAGAUGUAAACGGGGAAGAGGUGUUGGUUGGUACCACCCGAAAUGCCAUCCUGAGGGGCACUUUCUCUGACGGCUUCGUGGCCAUAGUGCAGGGUCAUGUGGAUGAGAUGUGGGGUUUGGCUACUCACCCCUCUCAGGAUGUCUUCCUCACCUGUGGACAUGACAGACAGGUGUGCGUGUGGAACACAGCGGAGCACAAACUGGACUGGUGCACCACGCUGGAGGAGUAUGGGCUGUGUGCAGACUUCUGUCCAAAUGGGGCCGUGGUGUCUGUUGGGCUCAGCACAGGCAGAUGGCUGGUUCUUGACCUGCAGACCAAAGAGGUGAUCUCAGACUACACCGACGGGAAUGAACAGCUGUCCGUCAUGAGAUAUUCACCAGACGGUAGCUUUUUGGCUGUGGGUUCCCAUGACAACUUCAUCUACGUCUACAACGUCACCGAGUGUGGACGGCGCUACUCCCGCUACGGAAAGUGCAAUGGUCACUCCAGCUUCAUCACUCACCUUGAUUGGUCCAAAGAUGGGAAGUACAUUAUGUCCAAUUCGGGCGACUACGAAAUCCUUUACUGGGACGUUGCUGGAGGGUGCAAACUGUUGAGGAACCGCUAUGAGAGCAAAGACCGAGAAUGGGCGUCCUACACCUGCGUACUGGGCUUCCACGUCAUGGGUGUGUGGUUAGAAGGUUCAGACGGUACAGACAUCAAUGCCCUCUGUCGCUCCCACAGUGAGAGGGUGGUAGCGGUGGCUGACGACUUCUGUAAAGUCCACCUCUUCCAGUAUCCCUGCCCAAAACCCAAGGCCCCAAACCACAGUUAUGAGGGCCACGGCAGUCAUGUGACCAAUGUGCGCUUCACCCACUGUGACAGUCACUUGCUCUCUAUGGGUGGCAAGGACACCUGUAUCCUCCAGUGGGAGGUCAAGAGAGCAGGAACAUCGGAUGGUGGAGACCGCCUACACUCUGCAUCCUUCACCAGUUCCCCAGAACCUUAAAGGAGGGAAAGAGACAUUAAGAGAAUCGAAUCACAUUUUAUUGGUCACAUGCGCCAAAUACAACAGGUGAAGACCUUACCGUGAAAAGCUUACAUACAAGUCCUUAACCAGUUCUAACAAAAUAGUUAAGAAAAUAUUUACAAAAUAAACUAAAGUAAAAAAAUGUAAAAGCAACACAAUAAAAUAACAAUAACGAGGCUAUAUACAUGGUAAGACAAUGUCAAUGGGCGGGGGUACAGCUCAUGUAGGUAGAGGUAAAGACAGAGUGAUAGAGAGGCAGAAGGGAGAGACAUUUUUACAGAGUGGGGUGUAACGUAGACUGGGAGGGAACUGGCUGGCCCUUGUAUAUCAGUACAAAAGUUGUAAGGUCAGCCAAGGACCUGUGGUGUAUUGUUUCAUUGGAUUCUUACAGUACAGAAGGCUUUGGAUUCCAUAGGAUUCUCUUUUCAAGCGUGAUAUUAGCCCCACAUGAUGAAAUGGAAACGUUAGUACAUCUGGGCACAAUCUACUUCUCAAAUUAAGUGAAAUUCCUAAUCUGACAUUUGAAAAAGGUCAAGCUUUCAAAUCAACUGCCUGUUUGACUGCCAUCAUCAACUGACGACAAAGGGAUCAACUGUUGAGAACAUUCCAAAAUAUCCCAUUUUGUUUACAUGUUUGUUUACCAUACAAGCGUACCGUAGUGGUGUUUUAUGGUUAUCGUCUUGUCAGAAAAGUAAUAUCAUCCAUAUUUUUGCUUGAUUGCUAUCUAGGAAUAUUUACCUUUUUUUUGUGCUUCAAACUUUAGCAUUUUGCUAGACUGUGACAAUCUUUCAAGUACAUUUACUCAUUAGUUUCAACUGCAAUAUCUCCUGUAUUAGACAAAUUCAUUCAUGUUUACCUUAUUGUAGUACACUUUUGGAUUUGCUAUCUUCUGUGUUUAUUUAAAAGUACUUUUGAAUGUGUCAUCGUUUCCUAUGUCUGUAGAUAUUUCUGUCAAUAAACAAUUACAAAAAACUAUG